UAGAGAGCAGCGCGAAUGAGUGGUUAGAACAUACUCAACUCGCUAGGAACACUCAAAAAAGCUAGCAUCUGUGACGACAGCUUGUCAUGUUUACUGAUCAAACUUAUUGUUAAUGAACUUAUAAAAAGGUAUCAACUAAAUAAAUGAGCGCUAAUAAUGUUUCUGAAGUCGCAAAUAAAUUUGACCGGACGUUGCAGGACUUAAGUGAACUGUCACUGUGCGCGCGCGACCGCUGUGAUUGACACACUGCACGUGGUGGGUGUGUUGGGCCAGUGUCUCCUGAUGCACAGCACGGAGCUGAUCGUGUCUGCCCCCGGCAAAGCCAUCCUCCACGGGGAACACGCCGUGGUCCACGGCAAGGUGGCCCUGGCGGUGAGUGUGAAUCUGCGCACCUACCUGCGUCUGCAGCCCAGCUCGAGCGGAAUCCUACGGCUCCAUCUGCCCAACAUCGAGGUGUUCGCGAGCUGGGAUGUGUCCACUCUGCUCCCACUCCGGCUGCCACGAGCAGCUGACCCGAGGGAUUUGAAUAAGCUCGAUCUGGCACUUUUCCAGAGGCUUCACGAUUUCACUGGCUUCACAGAUGAAGCCCCAGACACCCACAGUAUGGCUGUCUUGGCUUUCCUGUACAUUUACCUCAGCAUCUUUGCUGAAUCACGGGAGCUUCCGGCCUUCACCGUGACUGUGUGCUCCGAGCUGCCCACCGGGGCUGGCCUUGGCUCCAGCGCUGCCUUCUCCGUGUGCCUCUCCGCAGCCAUGCUGUCAGUCCAGGGGGCAAUCUCCCUGCCCCCGGUGCACCCAGAAUCCACAGCAAGGUGGCGUAAAGAGGAGCUGGAGCUGAUCAACAUCUGGGCCUUUCAGGGCGAGAGGGUCAUCCAUGGCACCCCGUCAGGGGUUGACAAUGCGGUCGGAACCUGGGGGGGCAUAUUGAGAUACUGUGCUGGAAACAUUACCCCCCUGAGCAGGGUCCCCAUGUUAAGAAUCCUCCUGACAAACACCAAAAUCCCACGCAGCACCAAGCUGCUCGUCGCCGGCGUGAGGGACAAGAUUAAAAAGUUCCCCUCCAUCAUGGCUCCAGUGCUGGACUCAAUAGAUGGAAUCUCCAUCACCUGUGAGCAGACACUACAGGAAAUGGCCAACGAUGCCACACCUGAGCACUACAGUGUGUUAGAGGAGCUGAUGGACAUCAAUCAGCACCACCUGAACGUGGUCGGUGUGGGACAUGCCUCCCUGGACCACCUGUGCCGUGUCACACUGGCAAGAGGGCUCCACAGCAAGCUAACAGGGGCUGGAGGAGGUGGUUGUGGCAUCACACUGCUCAGGCCAGACACUGACAGUCUGGUGCUCCAGAGCGUCACCCGUGAGCUCAGAGACUGUGGCUACGACUGCUGGGAGACGAGCAUCGGUGUGCCAGGAGUGCAGCUGCACUCGGCAUCCUCUGUGAAGGGGGACGUGCUCUCCGUGCUGAACAGCUAUUGAAAAACGCAUGUGCCUGUUGAGAGAUGAGCUCGAACACUUGCUCUCCCACAGGGCCGUGAAUGAACCAGAAUUCAGGGUUUCACCGGGUCAUUUGCAUUUACUUUGCAGUCACGGCUUAUUUUAAUGCAGCUCCACCAUGUGUCCUGUGUUCGUUCGGAAAAGUCCCCACAGUAGCUUCUCUUUUAUGCUGAAGGACUGCUGAUGACACAGGAUCAGCAGAAGAUGAGAAGAGAUGCAGUCCGAAGAAGCGGUGUGUAUUCUUACCCGCUGCGUUCUUGUAUUCAGGACGUUCUAUUCCUGAAGGUCAGUGCAUGUCAGCACUUUGUUUUAAUCAUGCAACACACUGGCUUUCCCUGUCACAAACACUUGAUCUGCAACAAAUGUCCAAAGUUACAGACAUUUUCCACUUGAUUUAGUUUUAAUUCAGUUUUCUUCGCAGUUCUUACUGUAGGUCACAGCUGUCCAGAACCGAUUCUGGAAUUACCGAGCGCUGGAUGGGGGGUGAGGGGGUACACCCUGGAUGCCAGUGUAUCUCAAGUCUAAACAGUUCAGUUUCCUACAAUUUGUGUCUGUUGCUGGGUGAAAGCCACCGGUGUUUCUGCGUUCAACUCUUAGCUGGCAGUAAAAUACUCAAUAGGAACAGAAUAGGAGUGGGGAGAUGCCUACAGUCAACUCAGUUCCACAGUGUUUACAGCUCGUCUCCUGUUUACGAAUGUCUGUGAUCGGUAAUGAGAAAGAGAACAUUGCACGUCUUUAUGGGAUGAAUCAUCAACUCUACACUGAAUGGGCUUUGCGGAACAAGUGUAUUUUUAUUUUCGGUUAUUUCCAUUUUGGUUUUAAUGCGAUUCAUAGUUAGUGAAUAUGUAAAAAUAAAAUGUGUUUUAGAGUAUUUCUAUGUACUGGAGCUGUAGCUAAGAUUUUGUGUAUCCAUAACCAUAAAUACACCAAGAACACUGGACGCAGCCUGUGGCUCACAGACAUUGGACAUGUGUGUGACAAACUGGUCGGUGGUACUGAUUGGGAGCUUGUGGAAAUGACCUAUUUCUUAUUUUCAGGAAGUUUAAACAAGUUUUAGUUUUAAUAUGCAAUUUGAAGUUGAUUAAGUGAUGAUGUAAAAAGUAAAAAUGUUACUCUGUAAUGUAGUGGAGUCACAUCCAGAUUGUAGCCUCUGUUCCAUCCCGCUUCUGAGGUACAGCAGAGCACUGCGACCCUGUGUGGGACAAGCAGUCAUUUGUAGUCGAGUGUUACAUUGUUCCAACUUUCUCUGGGGAUUUUACAGAACCUAAUCCAUUCAUAAGUGGAAGGACGUCUGAAUUGUUCAUCUUUCAUUAUAACGUAGUGGUAAAAAUUACUUUGGCGUUACAAACAAAUUGAAUUAUGAACAGAUUUCCACUCCCAGCUGUGUUUGUAAGUUGAGGACCCAAUGCAUAUAAGCCAAAGGAGACGGAAGUUUUUGUACAUAUGAGAAGCAUAAAUGUUCAACCAAAUAAAUAUGCAGCUGUAGAGCGAGAGAUCAAGGUGGAUAAAGUGUGCUGGGGUAGGUAGGUGUAGGAAGAGUGGGGGAGGGAGUGUUCCAGGAAGCCUAAAGUGGAGCCCAGUGUAUAUAAGUUAAUAGCGUACUGUCGAUAAUACUGUAUUUAGGUCCCGCCAUACCUGACACGUUUUUAUGCCUCUGAGAGAAAUGGAGAACAAAGUGUUUCCGCAGACCCUCCUGCGCGCACUGACGCCCGUGCUCCACUAGGUGGCAGUAAAGCCAUUCUGCGGCGCAGCGCGGAAGAGCGUAUCUCUGCUAAUGGUAAUGUGAGCGGGAACAAUUAACGGUAAUAAAUUAAUUUAUCGAACUUGUUGGGCUGUCAACAUUCUGUGCCAAAUUCUUGUCAAAUGUUAGUGGACUCGGGGAUGGGGUUUUCCCCGAUGUUUUUCAACAAUUUCACCGACAGAGAGGAGCGGCAUUAACGCUUAUUAUAUGCUGCUUUCACACGAACUCGUCUCGUUUCGCCUUUGAAGCGAGAACGAGGAAAAACUGAUCCCCGCUCAGCCGAAGCGCUCCUUCGUGUUUCUGUGCGGGAGCGCGAAGACGGGGCGCCGGGGCGGUUUAUUCUGCGGCGGACAUUUGUCACCCGCUCCGCUGCCAGCCUCAUUAACGCGGGCGGGGAUCCGGCGGGAGCCGCAAGCUCUGGCCUCCGUCCAGAAGGAGUUUUACUUCAUUUACAAACACGAUUAGGAAAUAAAACACUUUGUCAGAGCGAUUGCGGAACAGAUUUACCGGCCUUGGAGCCGCACUGUGAAUUCUGUGCUUCAAGUUCUUACUUUUUUUUUCCUUCCUUCACCCCCCUCUUAUUUAUUCUGCUGGAAAAGAUAAAAAAGGGCAUCUUUUGAAGUAUUCCCCUCCAGCUAUUAUCACGAACUGUGAGUGAAAUUGAAAUGCGUGUGUCUUCUUGUGCACGCGGCGGAGCCCGAGCGUAGCGCUCCCCCACCCCUUCUUAGUGACAGGCCUUUGAAUCAAACUGCAGUGCCAUGUGCGCCGUGUUACUGUCGCCGCGUGCCGCCUCGCGCUGCUGAGCGUCACGUGUUCACCUGGACGCCGGAUCCUUCCGCAGAGGUCCGACCGUGGGCUGCGCGGGCACGACCCGAAUAGCAAUCCGGAGUGGUGUCACUUGCAGGGAAACACACACACAGAGUCACACUCAUUCAUUCAUUCGUUCAUUCUCUCCUAUGGCUAACACAUUGUCCGCCGGGAAAGCUUUCAGGGUUGUUUUGUACGCUGCCACUUACCGUUAACAUAGCAGGGUAUUCUUAGUGCUGUAAUUCAGGGUAUGUACCUUGAUCAGAGAGGUAUUACAGCUGGAGUGGGAUUCGAUCCCGCGACAUUCAAAAGCUCCAACCAGCAGGCCAGCUGGUCUCCUGUCACUCGGUGCAUACACAACAACACACAAAAAGUGAGCCGUUUGAAUAGUCAUGAAUGUCUUUUACGCACAGAUCUGUGAAAAACGGAGAGAUUUCAUUGUGGUUCGUUCUCAGCGUUGCAGUUCCGUUAAUAACUGGCUGUGACUCUUGAAAAAAGGUCAGUUUGGAAAAUCUUUGUGUGUGCGUGCGUGCGUGCGUGCGCGGAGGGGCGGGGUAGGUAAUUAUUUUCCUUUAUUUUUGUUCGAGUGCAUUCCUCUCCUUUCGCUUUGAAAUGUCAGGAAGAUGGAGCGCUGGGGCCCCGGCAGCCCGUGCGAAUUAAUGACGGGCGUCGCGCGCGCCUCCCUCGCAGCGCCAGGGCCUCCGCCGCGCGCACCGAGCGAGUCUGCUUCACGCGAGGGCGGCCAAGGCGCGGCCCCGCGCUGCGGCCCCCAACCCCUGCCGGAAUUUAAUUACCGCUGCGCUUUUCUAUUUAAAUGGAAGCGGCGGGCGGUGGGGGGGCAGCGAGACGUUCAUUUGAAGCGCUUCCCCGCGCCGCGCAGCGCCGCCUUCCCCUCUCCCCUGCGAGGCACAGAUGGUAUUUUUUAUCAAUGUCAGCGCCAGCUUCUUUCUGCUCUGAUGAAUAGAUUGUAAAGAGGCCCUGACAUUAUUUCAGAUAACAGAGGGAGCGCGCAAAGGCAAAGGGGGUCAAGGAUGGGGAGAGCGUGUCGGCGGCGCGGAACUGGGCCCGGAUCGCGCACUCGGGCCGAGGCUUCGGGAGAACAGCGAGCGCCAGUCGUUUUCUUCACUUGUGCGCAGCACCGCGGGCGGGUCCGUCAGCAAGGAAAUACACAGAUAAUUUGUUUAUUUUUAAGUGUAACUUUCUUAGUUUCCCCACAGCUCCGUUCUGUUGACACCUGAGCUUUAAACGUGAGCUUAA